AUGCUUAUUAUAACAUAUACUAAUAUUAAACAAUUAUGUUACGGUACUUAUAUUUUUCAGGCCACAUCUGAUGUCAGUUUAUCUCGAUAUUGUGAUACCAGUGUAGAAAAUCUUCUGUUUUCCUGUCUUCAUAGACAAAAAGGAGGUGAAAAAUGUUGUAGUCAUGCAGAAACAUUUAGUUGUAGUCUAGUUUGUCAAUCCUACCAUACUUAUAACUCCACAAAUAAAAGAGAAGAAAAAGAUAUUUUGUUUAAACAUUGCCAUGGUAACAAUGAGAAGGUAUAUAGAUGUGUUCAGAGACAAUCCAGAUCAACAAGGGCUAGCAAUCCUGCUGAUAAAAUACCAUGUUGUGAUAGAGAUACUACACCACAAUGUCGUGACAGAUGUCGUGAUAUAUUAAAAACCUCGACUGGAGAUGAUUCAAGUAUUAUUGAAGAUGUUAUUGCUGCUUGUGGACAACCUGACGUGCGGUUACCAUUAUGGCAGUGCUUUCUGAAGACACCUGCAGCUAAAAGAAAUGAGACCCCAUUAGUAACUGGUUUAGAUAGUGCUAAAUUACAAUGUUGUUCUAAAGCUAAAACUAGUCGUUGUCGAGAUCUGUGUACUUGGACAUAUAAUUCUGAUUUUGUUCAACAUUCUAAAGAAUUUUACCAAAGCUGUUCAUAUAUUCAACCUGUUUCUAUGUUAGAGGCUUCCAUGCAUAAUUGUUUAACUGAUGUUGAAGAGCCCUGUCAACUGGGAUGUAAAGGUUUAGACUUCUGUUCUAAUUUUAACUAUCGACCUACUCAGUUAUUUCGGAGCUGUAAUUCCCAAGCUGAUAAGGCAGCAAGAGAUGCAGUAAAAGCCUGGGAGAAGGGAACUAUCUCUCUUCCACAAAUGACAAUUCCUGUUAGAGAUAUCAGGCAAUGUAAACCUGAAGUAUGGAAAGCAAUAGCUUGUGCUUUACAAAUUAAACCUUGUUUAAAGAAACCUAGUCCACUUUCGCUAUGCAUGGAAGAUUGUAUCUAUAUUCUAUCUGAGUGUGUUGAUAAAAAUAGAUUAAGUGGUCAUAAAACAGUACCUCAGUUAUGUAAUGCUCUACCAUCAAAACAAGAGGAUGGUGCUUGUAUUUCUUUAUCUCAAUAUCUUAGUAAUAAUGAUAUUGGUAAAGAUAAUGAAGUUACCUCCCCUUGUCAUCCUAAUCCAUGUGGUAAACGUGAGGUAUGUCAAGUUCGUAGAAGAAAAUGUAAACAUUUAGAAGAUUGUAAACCAUAUAUUUGUAAAGAAGGUUGUAUGUUAGGUCAGAUGUCCACGUUUUUAGUUCCACGAGGAGUAUAUGUUAGAAUUCCUGAUAAAGUACAUGGUACUCAACCUAACGAACAAUGUUAUAAAGCUUGUCAUUGUAGUCAUAGAAACAAGAUUGAAAAUUGUAAACAACUGCCAUGUUUUACUGAUAAACACUGUGUGAUUGGUCCAAAACAUAGAAAAGGUGGUGGUACUCAUUUUACUAUUGAUAAAACUUUAUGUGCCUGUCAUGAUGGUCACAUGAUCUGUUCUAAAAAUAACUGUAAAUCACCCAUGGUUGGUGCCACCACUUCAAUCAUAUCAGAUAUGCCUGGUAACUGUCCAGCCCAUUAUAAACCUGUUUGUGCUAAAAAUGGUAAAACAUAUCCUAACUUCUGCUUAGCAAAAUGUGCUGGUUUUGAUGAGAAUGAUGUUGUUCAAGGUUCGUGUUCUAGUCAAGAUCCCUGUAGUAAUGAGGCUUGUGGUGCAGGUCAAAGAUGUGUUGCUAGGCGACAAGUGUGUUUAAGUUAUAUUGAUAAUAAUUGUAAUCAGUUUGAAUGUGUAUCUGAGAGUAUGACAUGUAAUCCACAUUAUCAUGAUUCAGUAUGUGAUGAUACUGGAGAAGAGUUUACCAAUGCUUGUAUAUUGUUUUCUCAUGAACGUACUCUAGCAUAUAGAGGUCAUUGUAUGUCUGGUUGUUCUAAUACUGGUGAAGUUUGUGGACAUAAUGGUGAAACAUAUCCUAGUCAAUGUGCUGCAAUGGCUGACAGAACUACAGUAGAUUAUUUAGGGGAAUGUCGAGCUUUAGGAAAUCUUACAGGGAGAAGUCAUUGUUCUAAUGUUAAAUGUCAGCCAUUAAAACCUAAACAUUGUAAAGGAUUGAUUCCUCCAGGCGGCUGCUGUCCUGUUUGUGCUGCUGAAUUGCACGCAUUAUUUGAUCCAAGUCAAGUUGAAUCUGCUACUAGAGUUAUGAAUGAAGGACCUCUAACAGUAACUACUGUACUAAAUGAACUAUCUAAUCAACUUACUAUAGCAGAAUGUGACAUAUUUGGAUAUUUAAGUAGUGAGGGUGGUUUAGUAAUUUUAGUCUCUACAAUAGUUGACCAACCUACCAAUUUACAGCUUGAAGCAUGUAAUAGUGAAGCUCAGAGACUUGAACAUUUAAUUAGGACUGGUAGUCCUUUACUUCAGAGUUAUCUUACUUUGACCCCAUUAUUAGUGGCUCCAGUACGGAAAGUCACAAUAGACCCUUCCCAUUCAAUAAAUGAGUCGCCUAGUCUGAAUCCCAGUGUUCUAAUAUUGUUGACGACUUUCUUGGUGUUAAUAUUUAAACAGAGAGUGUCCUAG